AGCAGGAUCCCACAUAGGGGGAUCUUUGUCAGCUGACCACUCAAACAGGGUUCUUCCAGCAGGAGAUGUUUCCAGGAGGAGCUCCGGGAUGAUGCCGUUGGGAAUGAACAGACUCAAAAUGUGGAUGCGUGGCUCUGGGAGCAUGACACACAGCAUUGCCACAUGCACUUACCCCCAAAGGGUAAACACCUUACAAGAAGUUGAAUCAGAAGUUUGGGGGGAAAAAAACUUCUUCCAGCUUUUCAAAGCGUAGAAAUAGCCCCUUCCUGUGGCAACACAAAUAUGCAGCACCACACAAGGCAAAGUCCACAGAUGCAUGAAUGUGAGAGUUUUGGAGUGGAACAACUUCACCGACAGGGAUCUGAACUCCACCUGACACUUUUCAGAUGAAUCGGAGCAAAUUCUGUGAAGCAGACCUUGUCAGCUAACACACAGUUUAUUAAUUUACAACAUUAAAUAGCAUUUUAAACUCCAUGGAAUAUGGUCAUGAACUCCCAUAAAUGUAUGUGUGAGUCAGAAAAUAUUUUACAAAAUAAGUUAGAAAGUACCCCAAAUGAGAUCUCAAAUGUUUGAUUUGAAUCCUUCUUCAAAUGGUUCCUGCUUGUGUUCUGGUUUAUUUUGAAAGGGUAAACCUGAAAUCCCUCGAGGGAGGAAGUGCAGGAGCUUUAAAAAACUUUGAAUGGUCAGUUUUCGGGCUUUCAGGUGAGUCAGUGGAUCAAGCGACAGACUGACUCACUAGGAUCAGUCUUAAGACCUGCCACGUGGUACAAACAAGGAAAAGAAAAAGCUGAAGUUUUGCCAAAGUGCGCGUCUAUCUAUGAGGUUCCGUUUUUGCCAAAAAGAUCAAAGGCGUCAGUCAGCGUUUUGUCCUCACGGAGUUUCGUCUUCCCUCCACUUGUCAGACCACAUUGUAGAAGAAGGCGUGGAAGACACCGAGGAAUCCGCCAGCCACGUCCCGGGCAUGUAACUCUGCUGCGGCCGGCCGUCCCGUCAGUCAGCAUGCGGUCCUUCCUGCGCUCAGUGAGAAACCCGGCUUCUGAGAACAUCCACAUCUCAUCUCUUCCUGCUGGCGUUCCCACAGACCGGGAGCCGGAAGAACCCACGCAACAAGAACAUCUAGCAUGAUCUGUUCCUCUGAUGGAUUCAUUCCUGAUCCUGAACAUCCCAAAGAGAACCUCAACAUCUUCAUCUCUGCUACCUCCAGAUGUGCAUCAGUCAAGAAACCAACAACAUGGCUGCUCUCACCAGUCUUCCACACUUUUCCUGUCAUUCUUGAUGACACUCUAUGGUCACACAUCACACCUGAAACCUUCCUCCAUCCGCUCCAACCUGCUUGCAAACUCCUCCCCACCUCUUUCCACUCUCUAUUGUUUUGAACAGUUGGCCCUGAAUACUUAAAGUCCUAGUAAUAGAUGUUCUGUCUUGUUGCCGAUGACCUUCGUUCAUAUCCUUUUCUCUGUCAAAGUCCCUGCAUUCAAAGUUCCUACUGUCUGCAAACACACCAUCCUCCUCUGCUUCCACCAACAGGACUUCAGUUUUCAUCAGCACCCUGUAGGUCAACAGCACUGAUGGUUAUGGUCGAUAACCCCAUCCACGACCGAUCCAAUAUCAAAUCCAUCAUGAUAUGCAUGAUCGCUUUGACUUUGGUUUUUAAGUCGGCAGCUCUUCUAAACACAACCUUCUGCGUUGACCAGGAUUUUGGUCCAGCACCGGAUUGUGCCUCCUUGUGUUUGCGUUAAUACAAUAGAAGCCUGUGACAUGGGUUAACUGCAGAAAUAGGAGGGUAUAAAUCGUUUUAGGGUUGUUGUUUUUUUAACUACUCUGUGGAUGGUUUUUAAAUGCACUCAUGAUCAUACUCCACUGCAAGUUUUUAAUAUGAUCUAAAUUAAACAUGGCCGAGAUGUGACCAACAAAGUGAAGAUUGUUUUCUGCCAAAAUAUAAUUAUACAUUGUGUCAGUAAACAUGAUAAUUACCUUGAGUAAUGAAAGUUUUUUUUAAUAACUUUUAAACAACAGCCUUGUAUUGUUAGCAUCAUGUUUCAGUGUUUUAGUUUAAAUUCUGUUGUCAUUGUUUAUGAAUGUGUGUCAUGCAAGUUUGAUACUCUAUACCUGCUGAGUUAACCACAAACUUUCCUUUUUGUGCACAUUUUUUUGUUUUUGUUAAAUAAAUGCUUUUAUGAAUUUCAAUUGUCCCCUUUUUCCCUGAAAAUUACAAUGUUUUAUCAGAUGAGAUGGUGAAAACUAAACGAAAGGCCGUCAUCCGGACGACGCACACCCAGGGAGUCUCCACACCGUCCGUCUUCCUCCAGAACAAUGACAACGAUCUUCCUCCCACCACUUACUUUGACCAGAAGGUCUCUGUUCCUGAAGAAGACACUGCGAGAUUCUUCAGCCUGCGUAAACUCUGGGCUUUCACUGGACCGGGUUUCCUGAUGAGCAUUGCUUACCUGGACCCAGGCAACAUUGAGUCAGACCUGCAAUCGGGAGCCAAAGCUGGAUUUAAGCUCCUGUGGUUGCUGCUGAGCGCCACCAUCAUCGGUCUGCUCUUGCAGAGGCUGGCAGCCAGGCUGGGCGUGGUCACCGGGAUGCACCUGGCUGAAGUCUGCCACCGACAGUACCGCACCGUUCCUCGAAUCCUCCUGUGGUUGAUGGUGGAACUGGCGAUCAUCGGUUCGGACAUGCAGGAGGUCAUCGGCUGCGCCAUCGCUUUCAACCUCCUGUCUGCCGGCAGGAUCCGCCUGUGGGCCGGAGUCCUCAUCACCAUCCUGGACACGUUUGUCUUCCUUUUCCUGGAUAAGUAUGGUCUGAGGCGGCUGGAGGCCUUUUUCGGUUUGCUCAUCACCAUCAUGGCCAUCACCUUUGGGUGUGAGUAUGUGAUGGUGGCUCCAGACCAAGGACAGCUGAUAAAAGGGAUGUUUUUGCCCUACUGUGAGGGCUGCGGACCCGUCCAGCUGACCCAGGCUGUCGGCGUCAUCGGCGCCGUCAUCAUGCCUCACAACAUUUAUCUCCACUCUGCUCUCGUGAAGUCCAGAGAGGUGGACCGAUCCAACAAGAAGGAGGUGAAGGAGGCCAACAAAUACUUCUUCAUCGAGUCGGCCAUCGCGCUGUUUGUGUCGUUCCUCGUCAACGUGUUUGUGGUGGCCAUCUUUGCUGAGGCUUUUUAUCAACGCACCAACAUGGAAGUGUACACUGUCUGCAAUCAAUCAGGCACCCCCCAUCUAGACCUGUUUCCCCUGGACAACAACACUCUGGAGGUGGACAUCUACAAAGGGGGCGUGGUUCUGGGUUGUUUUUUCGGCCCAGCAGCGCUCUACAUCUGGGCUGUGGGGAUCCUUGCAGCUGGUCAGAGCUCCACCAUGACUGGAACGUACUCGGGUCAGUUCGUCAUGGAGGGCUUUCUGAACCUGCGCUGGUCCCGAUUUGCCCGAGUCUUGCUGACCCGAUCCAUCGCCAUCGUUCCCACCCUGCUGGUGGCCAUCUUCCAGGACGUGCACCACCUGACCGGCAUGAACGACUUCUUAAACGUGCUGCAGAGCAUGCAGCUACCCUUUGCCCUCAUCCCCAUCCUGACUUUCACCAGCCUGCCGUCUCUCAUGAGUGAAUUUGCAAACGGAUGGGUGUUUAAAAUUGGAGGCGGUGUGGCGAUCCUGAUUGUGUGCGCCAUCAACAUGUACUUUGUGGUCAUCUAUGUGACGGCGUUGAACAGCGCCUGGCUGUACGCUCUGGCAGCGGUCCUCUCCAUAGCAUACCUGACGUUUGUGGGAUACUUGGUCUGGCUGUGUCUGAUCGCUCUGGGAGUCUCCUGCCUGGAUCCCAGCACCAGGACUCUGAACGACACAACCAUCUUGAUCGAGCAGCAGCCGGAGUUCGACUCCUGAGUCACGCGCCCCUCUGGAGGCAGUGCCGCUUUCGACCAACUGGGAGGUCGGUGGUUGGACGUUGACCCCUGCAGUCCACAUGAAAAAGGGUAUUCUGGCUGAUAACGAAGCUCGCUUGGUCUCUCAGCACAUGAGCGUGUCUGUCGUUAGCAAGCAAAAUACCAUCAAUUAGGGAAGUGAGGCGUCUACAGCCAAGUAUGGUUUCAGUUUGAAGCCCUCUGAGUUUACAGAAGUGUUUAAGUGUUUUCACAGUGGCUGCGAUCAGCAGCUAAACGGUGUCUGCGCAGUUGGCUUUCAUGUAGAAGUCAAUGUGCCAUUUUCUUGGUUAUCCGUGUUUUUCACUAAGAGGCACCCCAGUCUAGAAUCAUAAAAGAUGAUAAAAGUUGUAUUCUUGAAAAUAAAGUGACAGCAUCUGUGGAGAACGAACUGUAUCUCCAAAAUAAGGAAUCUCACGGGCUUGGAUGCCCAACGACCUUUUUAGGUGGUUCUUAAAGUGAAUGUUUGUAUAAUUUAUAAAAUCACUAAUUACAUUGUUGUUCAUUUGCAAUGUCAAAAACUACACACAGACGAAUAAAGAAUAACUGCGCAAAAAUUAUUUAUUUAAGGGAAACGCUAAAUUUUCAAGACUUUUUAAAAAAAGAAUUAGAAUCAAGAGUCAAAUAAAACUGCAGCAAUCAGCUGAUAUUUGUACUUGAGUUUAAAAAAAAUCCUUUUCUGUCUUACUGUUUGAUACUGAUUGACAGCAUUUAGGGGAAAGAUCUGUUCAUGGAAAGAUGAACAAGGAUGUGACAAAAUGAAUCUGCAGAAUUGUUGCUUUUGUCUGAAAUUUUGAUAGGAUCGUAAAAGUAAAAACCUUUUAGGAUUUAUGUGAAAGAAAAUAAAUAAAAACAACCGUUUGCAAUGUUUACUUUGACCACAAGGAGGCAGUGCGGAGCCCCAGAUCCAUUCUUCAGUUAAAGUAAACAUCUCCACAGCUUACAGCAGAACAGAUUAAAGAUGUGGUGUUUGUCAUUCUGUGUGUGUCCGUGCCGUCAGAGCAGCAGAGCCGCCGCCGCUGCUGCUGCAGCGUUUGCCUGAAGCAGCAGGGCCUUCAUCCGGGCGCUGCUGCACAUGUAUGUGGUGCUGCUGGGUCGCUUGUGUAAGAUGGUUUCAGUAUCGCUCAAAUUUCAGCAUAGAAGAGUCCAUAUGGACUGCAGGGAGGCAGAUGGACGUGUUUUUCUGUACAUUAUGGCAAGCAGUUUACCCCCCCCCCCUCCCUCCUCCUCCUCCUCCUCUGUUCCCUGUCAUGGAGGCUGAGUUAUGUAAGAGGGGAGAGUCUUCCCACCGCCCAUCUCUGUUUUUGUUUUUCUCAAUGAGCCAAUGCCUCCCUGCUUAGGCCUCACAGCCUGUCCAGUAGGCCCCUUUCCUGGAAAUACAGCCGAGCGGAGGCCACUGGGGGGCAGGCCCGCGAGGCUGGAGAGGAAGGGGAGGCAAAGAGGGGGCUCUUCCAGCAAAUGACAUGGCUGUAGAGCUUACAGUCCCAGCCCCACGUGAGGCUCAGAUGUUGCAUGUCAUCAGCAGGAUUGGGUGCAGUUGAUGCAUGGCAGAGAGCGGGAAGGCAGUAAUUAGAUGCUGGGGGCUCCCAGGUGUGAGAUGUUGGAGUUGAACCUCUGCACUUGGUGGGUGAAGGUUGUUUGAAUGGGAUUUUGGAGCUUCUUGAUGUCAACAGUGAGCAGUUCUGAUCUUAAUGUAAAAAAAGAUCACUCUUCCUUUCUUGAGUGUUUAGAAUAAAUGUAUUUAUUGUUGUGUCUGAGUAUCAUUGCACUGUACUUGUUUGUAAUUAUGAUGUCUCUGCAGUUUAAUAUCAACGAGCUGCUGAUUUAUUUAUGCAAAUCUGUAAUCUGAAGAAACAACAAAAAGCACCAAGUGUGUAUUAAACAUUUGUGUAACAAAGCCUGAUGUUUUAAUGAAUUGCAAUUAAGAAAAAACAAAUACAUGUGUAAAUUAUUUAACAAAUUCACUAAAGAAAUAAAGGAACAUUUAGAACAAA